AUGGAGCUGAAUAAAAAUAACGAUUCACAGAAUUUCAAUAACCAAAUUUUGAACAACAAAGUUGUUGUUGAAGAAUCACAAACUUUAUUGGAAGAGAGCGAAGAAGGAUUGAAAGAAGUGAAACCAAUAUAUGGAAUAUGCAUGAAAUGUAAACAGCCAAGAAGUCAUUAUCAAUGGUGUCAACCGUGUGAACGAAAACAAAUUGAAGAAAAUCUCACAAAAUGGACUAGCGGAAAUAAGGAAAUUGAUGAAUUUCUUCAAGAAACACAAUUGAAUUCUAUAAAACCUCAAACUUUCCUAGAAUGGAUUCCUUUUGGCAAACUUGAAAAUAUAAGUAUUUUAUGUACAACAUCAAGAAGUACGGUAUAUUCAGCUUUUUGGAAAGAUGGACCAAGAAAAUGGGACCAGCAAAACGAACAAUAUAAGAGAUCUGGAAUUCAAGUUAUCAUCAAAUUAUAUAAAGAUAGCAAUGAUAUUGAUCAAAUCAACGAAAUUCUAAACGAGCUCAAAAUAUAUUUAGAUUGUCACGCUCAAGAAUGUGGUUUUUUAUUUCAAUUCUAUGGGAUCUCUAAACAACCUGACAGUAAUGAUUAUUUUGCUGUAAAACAGUUCCCUCAAAAUGGUUCACUAUUAAAUUACAUUCCGCUUAAUUUUGAUAGUUUAUACUGGGAGAUGAAAUUACAUUUACUUCUUUGUCUUGCUGAGGAUUUAAAAGUAUUACAUGACGCUGGAUAUGUUCAUAGAUAUUUACACCCAUCUAGCGUAUUAGUAUUUGAUGAUAAUUUUUGUGCCAUAGGAACAUUCUCAAAAUGUUGUAAAGUCUCAUCAAAUACAGAAGAAAUAGUUGGAUGGUAUCAUUAUAUGGCACCAGAAUACUUGCUUCAAAGUCCCUAUACAAAAUCUAGUGAUAUUUAUUCAUUUGGGAUGAUAAUGCAUACUAUUGGAACCGGAAUUAUUCCUCAUCGUCCAUUGUGCAUUAGUCAGUCUUUAAAUCUUGAUAUUUGUUUGGGACUAAGACCACAUACUCCACAUAAUAUUCCAAAAAGUUUCAAAGACUUAAUGGAAAGAUGUUGGAAUACUGAACCAUGCUUACGUCCUAAUAUCCAUGAAGUGUACAAUGUUUUAUUGAACUUGUGGUCAUCAAUUUAUCAUAAUAACCACUUAACUUCAUUAAAUUCGAAAUGUAUAGAAUUUCUUGUUGCAGAUAAUAAUGAAGAUUAUUCAAAAUCUAAUUCUCAAGAAAUAAUUACUCAAAAACCAGAAAAUAACAAUUUAGAACCGUUAGAAAUGAUCAAAUAUAUUAGAGAAUCUAGUUUAGUUAAAGUUUUUAAUAUUGAUGAAUUAACAAUGAUGACUCCUAUUAAUAAUGACAAAUUUUGCAAGAUUUCAAAAGCCACUUUGAAAACAAAAGAAACAAAUAUGAUAGUUGUUUGUAGAAGAAUUAAAUGUAAUCAAUUAGAUAGACCCUUUUUUCAUGAACUAAAUAAGCGCAAAAGACUAUAUUUAUGCUUAAGAAUCUUACGUGUAUUAGGCAUAAGUUUAGAUAAAAAUACCGAAGAGUAUUUACUCGUUAUGCAAUUUGCUGAUAGUGGAAAUUUACGCUGGUAUCUUAAAGAUCAUUUUUCAAAAUUAACUUGGAAUGAUAAAUUGAAAUUUUCUUAUCAAAUAACUGAAGGUAUAAAAUAUCUUCAUGAUGAAGAUAUUUGUCAUCAAAGUUUGCAUUCUAGAAAUAUAGUAAUACAUAGUAAUGAAGCUAAAAUCAUCCUUUAUAUUAUGAAAAGUAUAGAAACUGAUUAUUUGAGCGUUUCUGAUGAAAUGAUUCCAUACGUUGAUCCCAAACUUUUAGAAAAUCAAUCUUAUGAAUAUGAUAAAAAGUCUGAUAUCUAUAGUUUGGGAGUUCUUAUGUGGGAAUUAACUAGUGGUUAUCCUCCUUUCAUUUAUAAUGAAGCUGAAAAUCAUUUAGUAAUCGAUCUAAUAAAUGGGCAUAGAGAAAAGUCAAUUCCUAAAACUCCUAAUGCAUACUUGGAUCUAUAUGAAUCAUGUUGGGAUCCUGAACCAAAUGAAAGACCAUCUAUUAAUCAAGUUUUCAGCAAAUUAGGAAAAAUGUAUACUCAAACCAAUACAAAUUUGAAAAUGUCAGAAAUAAUUAAUUUGAUUAAAAAUAAUUUUUUAGUUAGAAGAAUUAUUAAUAUAGGUGAACUUUCAGACAUUAAUGGAAACACUACUUGGAAAAAACAGGCGGUUAUUUAUAAAAAAUAUAAAUUUGAUCAAUUAAAUGAGGCUUUCAUUCAUGAAUUAAAGAUGCAUAGAAAAUUGAAUUUUUAUUCAAGAUUUGUACAAAUAUUAGGAAUAAGUUUAGAUGAAAGUGCAGAGGAAUGUUUACUCAUCAUGCAGCAUGCUGAAGAUGGAAAUUUGCGCCAGUAUCUCAAGAGUCAUUUUUUAGAAUUAAGUUGGGAUGAUAAAAUAAAAUUAUCGUAUCAAAUUACCGAAGGAAUAAAAUAUCUUCAUAAUGAAGACAUUCUACAUCAAAAUUUAAACCCUAACAAUAUUGUAAUACAUAAAAAUGAAGCUAAAAUUGUGCUUGAUUUCGUAAAAAUUACGGAAUCUGGUUACUCUAGUGAUUAUGGAAUGAUUUCAUAUAUUGAUCCAAAACUUCUAGAAAAUUAUUCUUACGAAUAUGAUAAGAAGUCAGAUAUUUAUAGUUUAGGCGUUCUUAUGUGGGAAAUAACUAGUGGUUAUCCUCCUAAAACUGAAAAUAUUUCAAAAAGUCAUAAUAUAGAUGGUUGUAGAGAGACUCCAAUUCCUGUUGAAUACUUGGAUUUAUGUGAAUCAUGUUGGAAUAAUGAACCAGAUAAAAGACCAUCAAUUAGUCUAGUAUUUAAUAAGUUAGUUGAAAUGAAUAAAAAUUCAGCAUCACAGUUUAUUAAUUUAAUAAAAAAACACACUAGGAUUAUUAAUAGAAAUGAGUUAUUAGAUAUGGAAAAGAUCGACGGAGGUCAUUUUGGCAUUAUUUCAAAAGCUACCACCCCAUUAGCCUGA